UUUCUUUGCUGGCGGAGAAGUACGAUCGAAUUACAAUAUCGGGAUUGUAUUUUUGGAAUUUUCCUCCAAAAAAAAAAUCCCUCCCCUAGUGCCGUGCCCAGUUUUGCCGAUUGUUUGUUUUCCCGUGUGUUGUGGUGUUGUUUGUUGUGCCGUUUCAUUGCUUAUUUCUUCGAGUUGUUGUAAAAUCCCGCGCACAGAUCGUAUCGUUGCCACUGCGCCCAUUCCAUCGUUCUCUCUCUCUCCCUUCCCGUUUUCGUUCCCGAGUACAAGGGGGGCGCGGGCGUACGUGAUUUUUGUUGUGUGUUUGCCGAGUGGCGAAGUGCCGACCCGGGGGGUGACGGGUUCAAGCGGGUGUGCGGCAGUUCCAGCCGGCCGGUUCCAGCCCAAGCGAAAGGAGGACCAUUCGGAUUUGGAUCGGUGGCGGCAAGCGGCUUCCGGUGCAGAGUUUGUGCGCAAACUAUUGUGCGUUGUGCAGCAACGGACUAUCCGAACAUUUCGAGUGUGUGUGCGGUAGUACAAGUUGAAAAAGUUCACCAGUUUUAAUCACCACACCUUCGCUGUUUGCCGGAGAAACACCCUGCCCUCAUGGGUAUAAAAUCCAACCAUUUAAAGUGAAGCUGUCUAAAGCUGAACCACCACGACCGAAACUGCAGGGUGCAUCUUUCACUCAAACACACACACAAACCACACGUAUGGUAAACGGUAUGGCGUGUGAUUAAAUUUAUUCAAAAUCUCUGCUCGCUUCGCUCGGUUCGCAGCACCGUUUAAAUCCGCACCGGAUAAAAAUCAAACCCAUUCAAACAAGGGAAAGGUGAUAGUUGAUUCCGGCAUUUGCAUAAAUCAUUCGCCAAGGUACGUGACUUACACCGCCGCCAGCGCCAAAUGGUGAAACAACAGCGGCAGCCAAUCCGCGGUGCAUCAUGGUGGUGGCAGUGGCUUCCCAUUAUGCUACUGCUAGCAAUAAGUCAAACCACCGAUGCAACACCGCCCUCCAACGACGACUGGUGGCAAAGGGCGGUAUUCUAUCAGAUCUACCCGCGCUCGUUCAUGGACUCGAACGGGGACGGGGUGGGCGAUCUGCGCGGCAUAACGAGCCGGUUGGAGCAUCUGAAGGAUGCCGGCAUUGGUGCGACCUGGCUAUCGCCCAUCUUCCGAUCGCCGAUGGUUGACUUCGGGUACGACAUUGCGGACUAUACCGCCAUCCAGCCGGAGUACGGGACGAUGGAGGACUUUGAGGCGCUGCUGGCGGAAGCGGAACGGCUCGGCAUCAAGAUCAUCCUGGACUUUGUGCCCAAUCACACGAGCGACCAGUGCGAAUGGUUCCGGCGGUCGGUGGCGCGCGAACACCCGUACACCGAUUACUACGUGUGGCAGGAUGGGCGCGUCGACCCGAACGGUAAUGGGACGGCCCGUUUGCCACCGAACAAUUGGCAAUCGGUAUUCUAUGGUUCCGCCUGGACGCUGCAUCCGGACCGCGGUCAGUACUAUUUGCAUCAGUUUACCGCCCAGCAGCCGGAUCUGAACUUUCGCAACCCGGCCGUUGUGGAGGAGAUGCGCGAGGUGCUGCGGUUCUGGCUGCGCAAGGGUGUGGCCGGCUUUCGCAUCGAUGCCGUUAAUCAUCUGUUCGAGGCGGACGGCUUUCCGGACGAGCCGGAAACGGGCACGGACCGGGAUCCACUGUCCUACGGCUUUACGCACCACAUCUACACGAAGGAUUUGCUCGAAGACUACGACAUGGUGUACCAGUGGCGAGCGCUGCUGGACGACUGGAGCCGCGUGCAUGGAGGUGACGCUCGCAUCAUAAUGACCGAAGCGUACGCCAACAUUACCUUCACCAUGAAGUACUACCACGCGGAGGAGGAGGACGACCAGGCGGACGGUCAACCGCGAGCCGCUGCGGGUUCACACAUGCCCUUCAACUUUCUGCUCAUCACCGACCUGAACCGUGACUCGAGUGCGCAGGACUUUGUGUACACGAUACAGAAGUGGCUCACGUACAUGCCGCGGGUGGGGGCCACCGCCAACUGGGUGCUGGGCAAUCACGAUCAGCCGCGCGUCGGCACCCGGUACGGGGCGGAGCGGAUCGAUGCGAUCCAUACGCUGCUCCUGACGCUGCCGGGCAUUGCCGUCACGUACUACGGGGAGGAAAUUGGCAUGGUGGACAAUCCGGAUGCGAUCAGCAGUGGUGGUGGUGAUUCCGUCACCGGUGCCAGCGAUGCAUUCAUCGUGUUUUCACGCGAUCCGGAAAGAACGCCGUUCCAGUGGGACGGUACGGCAAAUGCGGGCUUCUCGAGCGGCCCAACGACUUGGUUGCCGGUGCAUCCGAACUACCGGGAGUUGAAUUUGGCUGCACAGCGGCUUGCUGAGCGGAGCCAUUACAAAACGUACCAGGCGCUGGUGGCGCUGCGUGCUCACGAAACGUUCCGGAAGGGUUCGAUUCAGCUCGUGCCGUACUCGAGCAGUGUUGUUGUGUACGUGCGUGAGCUGGCGGAGGCUGACACGUUCGUGGUGGUGAUCAAUUUGGUUGCGGGUGAGCGUACGGUGGAUUUGGUGGCGGUGUUUCCGAAGCUUUCGGCCGAGCUUACGGUCGCUUCGAGUGGUUCCGCGUCAAACUAUCGGGUGGGAGAUAUCGUUCAAGCGGACAAGCUGAUCGUGGGAGGAUACGAUGGACUGGUCUUGCGAAGCGUGCCACUGAUGUCCAGAGCACAGCGAAACCUCGAUGAGGAGCGGCACCCAACGGCAGCCACCGUCUGGAGUGCGGUAAAGGACGCUGCAGUAAUUGCGUCUAUCAUAAUUGCGCUCGGUUCCAGCUACUACGGGCUGCGGGCACCAUGGCAAAGCCUGUUACCCCGCUCGUUUCACGACAGCGACGGCGAUGGAAGUGGCGAUCUGCGUGGGCUGCUGGCACGGUUCGAUCAUCUGAUCGAGCUGGGCGUGACGGGCAUUUGCCUGGGCCCUGUGUUUCGCUCACCGAUGCGUGACGGUGGGUACGACGUUUCGGACUACCGUGACAUUGAUCCGCUGUACGGUUCGAUGGGCGUGCUGGAGGAGCUGCUGGAGCGGGCGCAUGCCGCCGGCCUGAAGGUGGUGCUCGACUUUAUCCCCAAUCAUACGAGCGAACAGCACGAGUGGUUCCAGAAGAGUGUGCGGAAGAGCGAACCUUAUCGGGAUUAUUAUAUCCUGCGCGGUGGCGUUGACGAGGACGAUGGUAAGGAAGAAGGCGUGCCAAACAAUUGGCAAUCACUGUACCAUCGGGCGGCUUGGAGCAGGAAUGUGCGCGGUUCCGAGUACUAUCUGCAUCAGUUCGACACGACCGAGCCGGAUCUGAACUACCGCAACGCGAAGGUACGGCAAGAGAUGGAAGAUGUUAUGCGGUUCUGGCUGGAUCGGGGUGUUGAUGGGCUGCGGCUGAUGCAGGUCAACCAUCUGUACGAGGAUGCGCAGCUCCGCGAUGAACCAUUAAUAGAUCAGAAAGGUUCACUCAGCUACGAAAACAUGAAUCACUUACACACAAGAGAUUUGCUCGACAACUACAUCCUUACGUUCGAUUGGCGCAUACUGUUCGAUGAGUACACGCAGGCGGAGGCGGAGGGUGGCAAAGACCACACCAAGCUUAUGAUAACGUCCGCCUAUACCGGUAGCCUCGACGGUACGCUCAAGUGGUUCGGCAUCGGGAACCGGUCCGGCGCACACAUCGCUCAAAACUUUGGUCUGCUGCGGGAAAUUACGCCCAACUCGCGGGCGGAACAGUUCCAGCGGGUGAUCGACGGGUGGCUGAACGGGUUGCCCCCGAACGGUGUCGCUAACUGGGUGCUGGGCAAUCAGGACUAUCGUCGCGUUGCGUCGCGCUUUGGCCGGGAGCGGGCAGCCGGACUGGCGAUGCUUUGCUUCACCCUGCCGGGGACGAUUUUCGUGUACUAUGGAGAAGAGAUCGGCAUGGAAGACAAUGAAGCCAUCAGCUGGAAGCAGACGCAAGAUCCGCUCGGCUGCAACACGAACGGCACGGUGUAUCAGCAGUAUUCCCGUGACCCGGCCAGAACACCGUUCCAGUGGGAUGACAGCAACGGGUGGGCCGGGUUUUCCAAGACACCAAAGAAAACGGACCCAUGGCUGCCGGUGCACCGCAACUAUGGUGUGCGAAAUUUGGCCCAGGAAAAGUCAUCCAACCGGUCGAUGUACCAACUGUACCGGCAGCUAAUAGCAUGGCAUCAACAAUCCGUCACACUGCGCUACGGUUCGUACCAGUCGUUCGUCCUGCCGGAUAAUGUGUUUGCGGUACUGCGUUCGCUGCUCGGGGAGAAGGAGUAUGCGACGGUGCUGAACCUGAACUCGCACGCUGUGACGUUCAAUGUUAGCCGGGUGCACAAGCACGCAAGACGAGCGAGCGUAGCGUUUACAUCGCUCGAGGGAGCGCACACAGUAGGCGAAUCUUUGCAAGACAUCGGCAACGUGGCGCUUGAUGGUUAUGAAACAGUAAUUUUGGAGCUUUCGUGUGGUGGCAUUGAUUGCGUGUCGAGCGGCACGAGUGUGCAGAGAACGAGUGAGUGAGUGAUGCGUAUUGCAGUGAGUGCACUAGUGCUGGCAGCCGUUGCGCUGCUGGCGACGGUUAGUGGCAAGUCGGCAACGGCUGGCCGGCAGCACGACCACAGCGCCGAGCUGGACUGGUGGGAGUCGGGCGUGUUUUACCAGAUCUAUCCGCGAUCGUUCAAGGACAGCAAUGGGGACGGUGUGGGCGAUCUGACUGGCAUCACGGAGAAGCUGGAACAUUUGGCCGAUCUUGGUGUGACUGGGGUGUGGCUGAGCCCGGUGUUUAAAUCACCGAUGGCGGACUUUGGGUACGAUAUUUCGGACUUCCGCGAUGUGGAUCCAAUCUUUGGCACUAUGGCCGAUUUGGACCGUAUGGUGCAGAAGGCAAAGACGCUCGGUAUUAAGGUGAUUCUGGACUUUGUGCCAAACCAUACGAGUGACGAGCACGAGUGGUUUGUGAAGUCGCUCAACAACGAGGGAGACUACCGGGACUACUAUGUGUGGCGCAACGGUGUGAACGGUGGAACGCCCAACAAUUGGCAAUCCGUGUUCCAUACGCCUGCCUGGACGCAGCCCGCCGGACAAACGCAGUACUAUCUGCACCAGUUCGACAAGAAGCAGCCGGAUCUGAACUACCGCAACCCGAAGGUGAAGCAGGAGAUGGCGGACAUGGUCCGCUUCUGGCUGGACAAGGGCAUCGACGGGUUCCGCAUCGAUGCGAUCAACCACGUGUACGAAGAUCCCCAGUUCCGCGACGAGGAGCUGAUCGAUCCGAAGGGCGAGCUGAUCUGGGAAAACCUCGACCACAAGUACACGCAGAACCUGCCCGAGUGCUACGAUCUCAUCUACGACUGGCGCGAUGUGUUCGACCAGUACAAGGCGGCAGACAAUGUGACGCGCCUGAUGAUGACGGAAGCGUACGCAAACCUCGAACAGACGAUGCUCUGGUACGGCAAUGCGAACCGCAAGGGCGCUCACAUGCCGUUCAACUUCGCGAUGAUCAACCGGCUGUCGAAGGAUUCGCGCGCCAACGACUUUAAAGUGGUGAUUGACGAGUGGCUGAACGCGAUGCCGGCCGGCGCCCGGGCGAACUGGGUGCUGGGCAAUCACGAUCGUCCGCGCAUUGCCUCGCGGUACGGGCGCGAUCUUGCCUCGAGCCUGGCCGUGCUGGAGAUGACACUGCCCGGCAUUGCGGUCGUGUACUAUGGUGAGGAGAUCGGUAUGGAGGACAACCGGGACAUUACGUUCGAGGAGACGCAGGACCCGCAGGCCGCCAACACGAACCCGGACGUGUAUCAGCAGUUUACGCGCGACCCCGUCCGCACACCGUUCCAGUGGGAUGCGACGGCGUACGCUGGGUUUACCGUAGCUAGCGCCCAGAAGACGUGGCUGCCGGUACAUCCGAACUAUCGGGAGGUGAACCUGGCCGCCCAGAAGGCAGCGAGCAACAGUAUGUUCAAGUUGUACCAGCGGCUGAUUAAGCUGCGCAAGGAGCACACGUUCAUGCACGGUGAUUUCGAGUCAAAGGUGCUGCUGAACAAUGUGUUUGGCUAUACGCGCACGCUCGAGGGCGAGCAGUCGUACGCGGUCGUGGUCAAUCUGAACGAUAACGAUGUGAAUGUGAACCUGCAGGAGCUGCACGAGGACAUUGACACGGCCCGGGUGGCGCUUACGUCGCUCGACGCUCGCAUGAAGGAGGGCGACGAGGUGACGGAGGUGUUCCAUGUCGUGCUUGGUCGGUACGAUGCGGUCGUGUUCGAGAUCGCGUCGUCGGCCAGUGCGCUCGGUGCGUCGAUGGUGAUGCUGCUGGUGGCAGCGGUGCUGCGAUCGCUCUUCUAAGUCAUUUUUCCUUUACCUUUGUUCUCUUCUGAACCAAAACCUCGUAGUAUAAUGUAAUUUAUUCGAUAAAGAAACGAAUGCGUCGAUGAAAAACUA